CUCAGCAUUGUGAGCGUGCUGACAUGAUUUCGCGUCUUCUCCCAGACCUAAGAGCCCAGCUGGCUGCAGUCAUCAACAACCCACCAAGCCAGCACCAGUCGCAACAACAACAACAGCAGCUGCAGCAUCCUCACCACCAGCCACCACCGCCGCAUCUCGUCCAUGGCUACAACGACGUGGCUUCCAACUCUGCAAGUCCGCACAACAUCGAUCCCGCCAUCGCGGGCGCCGCGCACGCCCACCACGCCCUGGACAUGAUGGGUGGCAGCGCCGGCGGCGACAGCGGGGACGACAACGGUGAUGGCCGGAAGGGCGGGAAGCGCGAGCUCUCACAGUCGAAACGCGCGGCGCAGAACCGCGCAGCUCAGCGCGCCUUCCGUCAACGCAAAGAGGGCUACAUCAAGAAGCUCGAAGAGCAGGUCCGCGAGCUCCACACCCUCGAAGACAACUACAAGGUCAUCCAGAACGAGAACUACUCCCUGCGCGACUACAUCCUGCAGCUCCAGCGCCGCCUCCUCGAGUCACAAGGCGAAUACCCCCAACCCCCCGCCGCCGUCUCGGUUCUCCUCAACCACCCCCACCAACACCAACAACAUGAAGCUCCCCGCCGCGGCCCCGACCCAACCCCGCCAGCUGCGCACGCCCCCACCGCCGUGAUGGGACAGUCGCCCGAACAGCAGCCUGGCAGUAGCCUGCAGAGCCAGAUGGCGCCGCUGCAGGCGCAGCUUCAGGCUAGUGCGGCGCAGGCGGUGGCGGAUCUGAGGGAGAGCGCGGCGAAGCAGAGGCAGGUGCAGGAGGAGUACCUGGCGAGGGGGACGUAUAAGGGGGAGGGGGAGGGGGCGGCGGAGGAAGAGCUGAGUAGGCAGUUGCAGGGGAGUGCGGAUAUACCGGGGGGGAUGGGGGGGAUGUGA